GCAGGCCCCGGAACAAGCAGAGGGCUCCCCUGGAGAGGGGAUUAGGCCUUGGCCCCGCCCUCCCUCACUCCUCACCUCCUCCCAGCGGCCGGCCGGGCGACGUUCCUGCGCGAGGAAACAUCGGCGUCUGAGAACCCGGAAGUUACGUUAUAGGCGCGCGUCCUGGGGGCGGGAGUCAGCUGAGCUCCUCGGGCGAGGUUGGGAUCACCUGAGAGUGGUCGAAGGGAGCCGGUGUUUUUUUAGGCGCGGGAGUUGGGUGCUGAAUUGAGCCCCCUUCAAGGGGGGGAGGGCUCUCUGGUCUUCUCGCUCUAUAAGGCGAGAGCGAGAAGAUCCAUAGGAUUUUAAAGAGGAGUAGCCGAAUUACCAGGAUCUGUCAGAUCCAGAUCGAAGCUGGGGAGUCGCAGCUUCCCAUCUGGGGAGACGGGGAUCCCUGUGGGGAGCCCUGUUGUAAUCUCUGGGCCUGGGACGGAGGACCCAGCGGCCGGGCACCAUGGCGUCUAUCUUGGAUGAAUAUGAGGACUCCCUGUCCCGCUCGGCCGUCUUGCAGCCCGGCUGCCCCAGCGUGGGCAUCCCCCAUUCGGGGUAUGUGAAUGCCCAGCUAGAGAAGGAAGCGCCCAUCUUCUCGAAGCAGCGCAUUGACUUUACCCCUUCCGAGUGUAUCACCAGUCUUGUCGUUUCCUGCAAUCAGCUCUGCAUGAGCCUGGGCAAGGAUACACUACUUCGCAUUGACUUAGGCAAAGCAAAUGAACCCAACCACAUGGAGCUGGGGCGCAAGGAUGAUGCCAAAGUUCACAAGAUGUUCCUGGACCAUACUGGCUCUCACCUGCUGAUUGCUCUGAGCAGCACAGAGGUCCUCUACGUGAACCGUAAUGGACAGAAGGUUCGGCCCUUGGCCCGUUGGAAGGGGCAGCUGGUGGAGAGUGUAGGUUGGAACAAGGCCCUGGGCACCGAGAGCAGCACAGGCCCCAUCCUGGUCGGCACCGCCCAAGGCCAGAUCUUCGAAGCAGAGCUCUCCGCCAGUGAGGGUGGGCUUUUUGGCCCUGCCCCGGAUCUUUACUUCCGUCCACUGUACGUGCUAAAUGAAGAAGGGGGCCCAGCACCUGUGUGCUCCCUGGAGGCCGAGCGGGGCCCUGAAGGGCGGGGCUUUGUGAUCGCCACCACCAGGCAGCGCCUCUUCCAGUUCAUAGGCCGAGCGUCAGAGGGAGCUGAGGCUCAGGGCUUCUCUGGGCUCUUUGCUGCCUAUGCUGACCACCCCCCUCCAUUCCGUGAGUUCCCCAGCAGUCUGGGCUACAGCGAGUUGGCCUUCUACACCCCCAAGUUACGCUCGGCGCCCCGGGCCUUUGCCUGGAUGAUGGGGGAUGGCGUGUUGUAUGGAUCGUUGGACUGCGGGCGGCCUGACUCCCUGCUGAGCGAGGAACGGGUCUGGGAGUACCCAGAGGGGGUGGGUCCUGGCGGCAGCCCACCCCUGGCCAUCGUCCUGACCCAGUUCCACUUCCUCCUGCUGCUGGCAGACCGCGUGGAGGCGGUGUGCACGCUGACGGGCCAGGUGGUGCUGCGGGACCACUUCCUGGAGAAGUUUGGGCCACUGAGGCACAUGGUGAAGGACUCCUCCACGGGCCACCUGUGGGCCCACACCGAGCGGGCUGUCUUCCGCUACCACGUACAGAGGGAGGCCCGGGAUGUCUGGCGCACCUACCUGGACAUGAACCGCUUCGACCUGGCCAAGGAGUAUUGUCGAGAGCGGCCUGACUGCCUGGACACAGUCCUGGCCCGGGAGGCCGACUUCUGCUUUCGCCAACGUCGUUACCUGGAGAGCGCACGCUGCUAUGCCCUGACCCAGAGCUACUUUGAGGAGAUUGCCCUCAAGUUCUUGGAGGCCCGGCAGGAGGAGGCUCUGGCCGAGUUCCUGCAGCGAAAACUGGCCAGUCUCAAGCCGGCUGAGCGCACCCAGGCCACGCUGCUUACCACCUGGCUGACAGAGCUCUACCUGAGCCGGCUUGGGGCCCUGCAGGGUGACCCCGAGGCUCUGAACCUCUACCGGGAAACCCGGGAGCGCUUCCGUGCCUUCCUCAGCAGCCCCCGCCACAAGGAGUGGCUCUUCGCCAGCCGGGCCUCCAUCCACGAGCUGCUUGCCAGCCAUGGGGACACGGAGCACAUGGUGUACUUUGCUGUGAUCAUGCAGGACUAUGAGCGCGUGGUGGCGUACCACUGCCAGCAUGAGGCCUAUGAAGAGGCACUGGCCGUGCUGGCCCGCCACCGUGACCCCCAGCUCUUCUACAAGUUCUCGCCCAUCCUCAUCCGUCACAUCCCUCGCCAGCUGGUGGACGCUUGGAUUGAGCUGGGCAGUCGGCUGGAUGCCCGGCAGCUCAUCCCUGCCCUAGUGAACUAUAGCCAGGGUGGCGAGGCCCAGCAGGUGAGCCAGGCCAUCCGCUACAUGGAGUUCUGCGUGAAUGUGCUGGGCGAGACUGAGCAGGCCAUUCACAAUUACCUGCUGUCACUCUAUGCCCGAGGCCAGCCAGCCUCGCUGCUGGCCUACCUGGAGCAGGCCGGGACUAGCCCGCACCGGGUGCAUUACGACCUCAAGUAUGCAUUGCGGCUCUGCGCUGAGCAUGGCCACCACCGCGCUUGUGUCCACGUCUAUAAGGUCCUGGAGCUGUAUGAAGAGGCUGUGGACCUGGCCCUGCAGGUGGACGUGGACCUAGCCAAGCAGUGUGCUGACCUGCCCGAGGAAGACGAGGAGCUGCGCAAGAAACUGUGGCUGAAGAUUGCCCGGCACGUAGUGCAGGAGGAGGAAGAUGUGCAGACAGCCAUGGCCUGCCUGGCCAGCUGCCCCCUGCUCAAGAUUGAGGACGUGCUGCCUUUCUUCCCAGACUUCGUCACCAUCGACCACUUCAAAGAAGCCAUCUGCAGCUCACUCAAGGCCUACAACUACCACAUCCAAGAGCUGCAGCAGGAGAUGGAAGAGGCCACAGCCAGCGCCCAGCGCAUCCGGAGAGAUCUGCAGGAGCUGCGGGGCCGCUACGGCACUGUGGAGCCCCAGGACAAAUGUGCCACCUGCGACUUCCCCUUGCUUAACCGCCCUUUUUACCUCUUCCUCUGUGGCCACAUGUUCCACGCUGACUGCCUGCUGCAGGCCGUGCGGCCUGGCCUGCCAGCCUACAAGCAGGCCCGGCUAGAGGAGCUGCAGCGGAAGCUGGGGGCUGUUCCGCCCCCCUCCAAGGGCUCUGCCCGGGCUAAGGAGGCUGAGGCAGGGGCGGCUGCCUCCGGCCCCAGCCGGGAACAGCUCAAGGCCGACCUGGAUGAACUGGUGGCUGCUGAGUGUGUGUACUGUGGGGAGCUGAUGAUCCGCUCUAUUGACCGGCCCUUUAUUGACCCCCAGUGCUAUGAGGAGGAGCACCUCAGUUGGUUGUAGGCAGGCAUCAGGCGGGCCAGCCAUCGGGGGCUGUUCCUUCUUGGGAGGGCCACAGCGUCUGUGCUUGGUCUCCUGGAGACUGCUGGGCAGGGACUGUGGUGCUGGGAGUAGAUCACAGCUAUUGCCCUCAAGGUGUCAGCUCUGAGUGCAUUCUGCCAGCUGCCCAUGCUCUUCCUCACGGCUGCCUUAGAGCUGAUGUUUUGCCAUGCUGUCCGCCUGCUUCCUAAUAGAGAGCCUUAGCUUGGAGAAGUCAGAAUUCUAAUGCAUUACCAUCCCACUGCAUCUAACAGCUCUUUUUUCCCUUUUACUCCCUGCAUAUAUCCUGUUCACCUUCUGUAACACUAACUACUGUUCUUCCUUUUCACUCUGUGGCUCUUCUUCCUCAGAAAAGCCCUCUCUACUGUCUGCCCCUAGGUCCCUCUAAGUCCUGGGCAUUGGGUGGGGGGAAGGUGGCACUGCUGGUGAGAAUGCUCUUGUGCAUACCAUCUGGGGCUCCAGUGUGAGGGGUGCCCUGGGGUAGAGGGCCUCACAGAAGACAGUAGAAGAUGUUGAUGGGGGUGGAGAGCAUUAAACUGUCUGCACUGCACUGGUGGCUCUGUGUUGAUGCUGGGCUCAGUAGCCUGGGAGUGGGCCUCUCUCCAGGAAGGGCUGGGGUGCCACAGGGCGGCCACCAGGACCCUGCAUGCUUUCAAGCUGUGGCCCUCAUUCCUUCUCGUGGAGAUGUGAUGGGACAGUUUUGCUCUUUUCUCCUUGCUUCUUGGUCCUCCACUCCAUCCUUUCUGACUCGAGGCUUCAGUUGGGAAUCCAGGCCUGCCCUCCUAAGUCUCAGAGGGGGAACUGUUCUUCCCUUUGGCCAGCAGGUGGUGCUGCUCCCCACAGAACCCUUCACACUCAGGCAGCUGGGGGCGCUGAUUUCUCAAGUCACUUUCUCUAGUUCCUUGAUCUGUUCCCACCUUAGUUGUCCCAAGAGUUUUCUUGAACCUCCACUGCCUGACCAUUAAUCUAAGCCCCUCAUUCCUCCUCCCUCCCACGGGCCCUUACGCAUGCUAGAUUUUGCUCGCCUCUCUUUUGCCAGCCUGAAUCCCUGCUUUCCAACUCCUGCACAGUUUUGAUGCUGCCCUACCUACCACUGGCAUUUAACCAUAAUGUUGAGGUCCAGCAUGGAGGUGAGACUGCCGGUACUGCCAUCCAUGGCAUUUGGCAGAAAUGUUUUCUUCCCACUGAACUCCUGUGACCUGCCCCUCUCCCCCCCCAGCUUACACUUCUUUAGCUGUAGCUAGAGGCUAAGCCCUAGGGAGACGUGGAGCAGGGCCUUCCUGUGACAUCGGCUGAGCACCCUUUGCUCCAUGGACUGGUGUUCACAGUCCACUGCCCAGCUUAAUGGGUGUGGCCUAUCAGGCACCCAGACUGAAACAAAAUAACAAGUGAGUGUUCUUGGAAUCAGACUGAGGUCUCUUGUCCCUGCAGCCUAA